AAGACAUAUAUAUGUAGUGUGUUAUUCGAUCUUUCUACUAUAUGGUACAAGUGAUUAAUAUGGGACACAAAAGGUGAAUCUAAUUAUAUGCAAUGCAAGUGUCCGACUAAAGUUAAAAGGGCCUCAUAUGUUUAUAUUAAUUGUCAUUUCUUUUUUUUUAUUAUUUAUUUAUUUUAAUAACUGUUACAUUUUAAAAUUUGGUAUAAAAUGUAAAAUAAACCGAAUCUAUAAAAUUACACCAUUAAUAUUUGGAAAAAUUAUUUUAAAUAAUCCUAAAUAUUGUCCAUCUAAUGUGAAUAAUCUAUAAUAUUGAUAUUUUUGAAUAAUUUAACUUUUAUAUAUUUUUUGUUGACAGAACCUCUUGCGGUCUUGCCACAAUUAAUUGGCUAGUAUAACCUCUUGCCACAAUUAAUUGGCUAGUAUAGUUAUCUAUCACCAAAAAAGAGUAAGGAUAGAUCAAUGAAGAAGUGUAAGGAGGACAAAAUGUGAGUGUAAUAGCUAUGCAACAACUUACAAUAGCCCACAGUGACAGAUUCAGACAAAAAAUAAAGUACUGUCAAUUUUUUAAAUAAAAAAAAUUACAUGUAACAAUUUUUUAUUUAUGGGUAAUUGUCCACGAAUUCCUUUCCAUUUUAGAGUUUAACAAAAAUAAAAACCGCAAUUGUAUAAUUGAAACUAUUAUGGAUGAUUUUCCACUGAUGAGACACUGAGAAAGAGAAAAUAGGUUGUAGGCAAGUAGCAAAUUACAUUCCGGUAAAAAAAAAAAAAAAAAUGUCACACAUUGAAUUCGAACAUGGGAUGUUGAGGUUAUUACAAUCAACACUUAACCAACUAAUAUAAUUUCAAUGCUAUCAGUUGACAGCAUUGUAAGGGCUUGUAUCUGUCUCUGAUAGCCGAUUAAAAUGUGACAAUAGAUACUAUCAACAAAAAAUAUACAAAGGUUGUAUUAUUUAACAAUAAUCAAUAGUGUGAAUUAUUUAUAAUAAAUAGAUGAUAUAUGAUAUUCAAAUUAAUUUUUCCUUAAUAUUGUUUUUGAUCCCACCAUAAUGGGACAUGAAAGUUAUUGAAGUGUACGUGCAAUUAGCCUAUAAAUACUCCUCUUCUCAUCAAGAGUUUUAUUGUACAACAAAAAAGUGUGUUCUAUCUUCUUACUAAAUCUUCACUCAAAUAUAUUUUUCCAUAUUGAAUUGCAAUAAUCUCUUGAAUUUUCUAAGAGUAGACAAUAUUAUUAAUUCAAGGGUUAAUAAUGGAUAUGCUUCAAGUUUUUCACAUGAACAAAGGUCAAGGGGAGUCCAGUUAUGCACAGAAUUGUACUGUUCAGAAAAAGAUAAUGUUGUUGGCGAAAUCAUAUCUAAAAGAAGCCAUACAAGGGUACCUUAAGAAUGGUUAUCCAGAGAGCAUGGUGAUCGCAGAUCUGGGUUGCUCGUCGGGCCCCACUGCCCUCGAGGCGGUGUCGGAUAUCAUUGAAGCGGUGGUUGCGACAUGCCCCAAGCAUUUAUCACCAAAGUUUAUGGUGUUCUUGAAUGACUUACCAAAGAAUGACUUCAAUGGAGUAUUUGCGUCAUUCUAUGAUUUUCAAGAGAAGUGGAGAAAACAAAAGGGUGAUGAUUUUGGACCUUGUUUUAUAGCGGGUCUUCCUGGGAGUUUUUAUGGGAGAUUGCUUCCUCCCAAUGGCUUGCACUUUAUCCACUCUUCUUCUAGCUUACAUUGGCUCUCUCAGGUUCCACAAGGUUUGAAUGAGGACGAUCAGCCAAGAAUAUUAAACAAAGGAAACGUAUAUAUAUCAAGGACAAGCACAAUGGAAGUAGUAAUGGCAUACAAGCAGCAAUUCAGAAACGAUUUCUUGACAUUUCUGAAAUGUCGUGCAUCUGAGAUGAUUUCAAGUGGUCGUAUGGUCUUAACAUUUGUUGGUAGGAAUUCUGUUGAACCUACUUCUCUUCAAGAUAGCUAUCCUUGGGACUUCAUUUCUCAUUGUCUUGCAACCAUGGUUUCCGAGGGGCUUAUCGAAGAAGAGAAGUUAGAUUCAUUCAAUGUACCAUAUUAUGCACCUUGUCUUGAAGAAAUAAAAGAAUUAGUGGAUGAAGAAUCAUCAUUUAGUGGGCAUAUUUUUGAAGCAGUUGAAGUUGAAUGGGAUGGAGGCAUAAACCUUAAUGAUGAGUCAAGUUCAUUAAUGAUGCCAACAAAAGGAGAAAGAAUUGCCAAAAUGCAUAGAGCUGUUGCUGAAUCAAUGCUUCAACAUUAUUUUGGAGCUGAUCUUAUGGAUGACUUUUUUCAUAGAUAUGCUCAAGUUUUGGAUGAUUACCUCAUUCAAAACCCUAAUUCUAAAUCAAUUUGUUUGGUUGUUUCUUUGAUAAAAAAUUGAGAAAUCUUACAAAUGAGCUAUUGUUAUGAGAAACUGUUUCUCGGUGAAAUGAUUUUAAAUAAAAAGUCUAUAUAUUCUUAUAAUAUGUAUUAGAUGGAAUAUCUAACGUAAAAAUAAGACACAUCUCUCAAUGAGAUCGUCUUAAACAACAAUUUAUGCUUACAAAUCAUCAAUACUUGCUAGGCUACCUAAGCUUAGCUUACUUGUGGACUUGUUUUUCUCGACGACGUUUUUUAAACUUUUGGUAAUUUUUUUGUGUUUGGAAUUUAGUUGAAGAUUGUCAUAAUAACUAUUUCUUUCAAGAAAAAAGUUCUUAUUUAUUAUUGUUGUUAUUAGACGUGAUGUUAAUAAAAUAUGUAAGGUUUCAAGAUUCUUCAUAGAAAAUUCAUGUAUAAGAAAAUAAUCACCUUUUUUCUUAGUGUUAGACGAUUAUUUU